AUGAUACCUUUGCCAAUGGAAUCUAGCGAAUCGACCAUAGAUGACCUCCCGGAGAGCAUUCUAUUACACAUUCUAUCCUUCCUUCCAACCACCGCCGCCGCUCCCAACUGGUCUAACCUCUGGCUCUCUGUUCCCAAACUCGAUUUCGACUUUAAUCAAUUUCUUUCAUGUAUUCCGGAGAAUACUAAACCGGACGCUCGCCAGCUGUUCACUGAAUUUAUCAGCCGAACCCUCCUCCACCGUCCCUGCCACUUCCCGAUUGAGAAAUUCAAAUUGGUUUUCCACUACAAGGAUUAUGAGUCCAUCAGGUCCUAUGUUAAUUCCUGGCUUCGGUACGUUAUUAAUUCUAACGCAACAGAGGUUGAUCUCGAUUUUGAUAUCUUUAGUUACGGUGAGGAUGACGAAGAAGAUGAUGAAAGUGAUGAUAUUUAUGAGCCUUAUAGGUUUCAUUUUUUCUGA